AACGCUGUGUUUCUCCACUUUAUAAACCUCUCAUCAUCUCAAAUCUCAAAACCCUAGCAGCAAGAACUCAGUAACAGCAGCCCGAAGAAGCAUACCGCCAUUUUCUUGUCCUUUAAGGAACAGGUAGUUCGUUUGAGUAGAAAAUGUCGAUCGGAGAAAUUGCUAGUACCUACGCUUGUUUGAUCCUUCACGACGAUGACAUCGCCAUCACAGCAGAGAAGAUUUCUGCUCUUGUAAAAGCAGCAAAUCUCACAGUCGAGCCUUACUGGCCUCUCUUGUUCGCCAAGCUUGCCGAGAAGAAAAACAUCUCAGAUCUCAUCAUGAACGUUGGUGCCGGCGGUGGUGGUGUCGCUGCCGUUGCUGCCCCCGUCGGUGGUGCCGCUGGUGGUGGUGCAGCAGCUGCCCCUGCUGCUGAAGAGAAGAAGGAGGAACCGAAGGAAGAAAGUGAUGACGAUAUGGGAUUCAGUUUGUUCGAUUAGAAAGCUACCGUUAGUAUGAUCUGUUCUUUUGUUUCCAAAAAAAUAUUGGUUAAAGUUUUAGUUUUGAUGUUUGAGAUAUUUGGAAAGUUUAAGAGU